GUGGUCCAGUGAUUGAAUGGCAUGAAUAGUGAAAAUGUAAAAGAGUAAAAAGCAUUUAAUCUGGGCUUUCCCAUUAGUGAAUUGCACAAGUCAUCUCACCCUGCUCUGUUUAUAUGAACUCUUUAAAGAUAAUUUCAAUGAUAUUGUUUAUUCCAUUCCUUCCCAUUGUCUAUGAGAAGUUCUUCAACAGACCUCUAUUGUCAGAUUUUUGGUAUACUGCGGUAGCACAUCCCAUGUCUGUUUUACCACCACGAUGCAACUCUUUUGAUAAACUGGAAUUCAUUUCUUUGGGCAAAUACAUAUCAAGCGUCAUGCAUACGUCUCUGCCUAAACAAUAAUCGGAUGUGCAUGUAGAAAUCGCAGUAUACCCAAAUCUGCUUGACAGACAUUUACAGAUUAGGAGUUGAACAUUGCCAAGCUGUGGGCGCCGCAGUGAAGUGAAGUUGUUGAAACUCUUAACCAUAUGCAUUUUAUUUUCUCCCCCAUAUUGGACUAUCCUCUGUUAAACUUCUCUCUGUUAUUUGUGUGUGUGUGUGUAUGUGUGUGUGUGUGAUUUUUGUAGUGAAGAAGGCAAAAGCAGCCCCCUCGUUGAUGGCUGAAAGUGGUCCUCUGCCUGCCAACAGGGGAUUGUAGACAUUUGCAAAGGCCAGCAAGCAUUCAAGUCCCACCCGCUCUUUUUUGUGUCCUCUAUUCUUUCUCUGCCUUCUCUUUCCCCUUCCUUCUGUCUAAUUGAUCUUUUCUAGGUGGUUUAGUUUAAGGUACAAAGCUCAGAUAGCAGGGACAUAGCCUGAAACGGUGCUCAUUUUGCAUUGUUUUGCAACACUUUUGAAUGCUGCUUUGCCAUUUAAUGGCGAAAGAAUUGUUCCUCAACGGAUAAGGCUGGCAGUUAUUCUUUAAGUGUUAACCAUCCCAUGAAAAGACUAAAAGACCAUCAUUGACCAACAACCAUUAAAAGUACAUCGAGCCACACUGCUGCACUGGGUGACAUUUUUGUUCAUUAUGAUGAGCGCAGGCAUUGUAGCUUAUUUUCAGUCAAUGCCACUGACAUAUUAGUCUGCCACUGAAAAUAGUCUCCAACAAAUGCACUUUUUACUGCUGUAUGAGAAACUUCUGUUGUUUUAGGAAGUCCUAGUCUUUUGUAUACAGCAUCAAAUGGUAUAUCUGUGACCUGUUUUUAACGAUUUCAGUGGUAACAAGUGAGAUCAUGGCUGAGAGCAGAAAGUACUGACAUGAACCAAAACUGUUAUAUCGCCAGCCUUAUCUUAUGCAAAUAUGUCAAUUAACUCUCAGAAAAAGCUUUUUAAAAAACCAUUUGUUAUUUGGGUUUGGUGUUAAAAGCCAAUACAAAGACACUGGGUGUUAAUAAUUGCUUCAUCACUCAAUGCCCAGGCAGCUGACUCUGCACAUACUUAACCAAGGAACUCUAGUCAUUGAUUGGUUAUCGUCAUUAAUCGCCACGUUGUCUUACGAUGCCCACCCAACAUGACACUGUGUUGGUCAAAUAUAUUCUCUUUAACAGUGGUCUUCUUUUGUUGUUGUGUUUUACAGUUCUUUUUCCUGGCUCAGCCAGUCCUGUAAACCAGGCCCUGCUGAAAAUACCAUCCAACAGUUUUGUCUCCUGCAGCAAUUUCUCUCUCCAGUGUGCUCCUAUAUUUACAUGUUGUCAUUGUUGUGUGUCCGUAUUUACGUCAUGUCUUUUUGUGAAAGACUUGUUUUGGGGGUGGAUUUAUUGUGAGAUGAUUAUGAGGUGUUUUUAUUUGUCGCAUUUAAAAAGAAAAUACAAUCAGUGGCAAAAUGCAAAUAAAGAUGAUGCCGUUAUCUUUUGAAUGGACCGGUAGCGCAGACUGACCAAACCAGUCCUCUGCCUAGGUUUGGUUGAUUGAAGCAGUGGCAGGUAAGGAUGCUAGAAUAAUGAUGUACGGCAGACGCGCUACCCACCCUGAAUUCUGCUAUUGUCAUUUAGUACAUACCACUAUAUGCUCUGACAUUUGUGUUUUUGGUAAGUAAACACUGAUAGCUUGUAUAGUGUUCUUGCCAAAUCCCUAAAAUUCUCUCUGUUGUUUGUAUCUCGAUUUUUCUCUGUGUGCUUUUAGUAGCGAAGCCGCCAGCGUGAGUCGCUUGUUUCAGUAAACGUCUUAAUGAAAAAUGAGGGCUCACCCAACUGGAGAAGCAGCUGUGCUUGCUAACGUUUGGUUCAUGACUUAAAAAACACUUUCAGGAUCUAUUCCUGAUGAGGCUAAAGCUUUGUCACUGUUGGCGCCAGCAAACGCUGUAGCAGGAAUUCUGCCAGGAGGAGGACUUCUCCCAACGCCCAAUCCCAUGUCCAAUCCAGGGAUGGGAGGAAACCCUUUCGGUGUUCCGAACAUGGAUGCAAUGGCUGCAUUUGGAUUCCCAGGAGCCAAUAUGAAUCCACAGGCUGCUGACCAGCUGUUGAAGUUCAUGACAGAUCCAAAACUGAAUCCUUUGGCUGCAGGCUUGAACCUGAGUGCCAGUCUGAAGGCGGACGCUUCUAAUAAGGAAAUCGAAGAGGCCAUGAAGAGAGUCAGAGAGGCCCAGUCGCUCAUUUCUGCUGCCAUUGAACCUGGAAAUAAGGAAAGCAAAAAGAAGCGUUCUCGUAGCAGGUCCAGGUCCAGGAGGAGGAGGUCCAGGUCACGUUCCAGACACAGGCGAACUAGGAGCAAAUCACGGCGACGAUCAAACUCCAGAAACAAGAGGCGCUCCAAAAGCCCUCGCAGGAGACACACCGACUCCAGAGACCAAAGCAGGAGAUCUCCAAGCAGAUCCAGAGAUAGAAAGAAAGAGGACUCAGGCAGAAGAAGAUCCAAAACACCACCUAAGAGCUACAGCACAGCCAGGAGAUCUCACAGCGGGGACCGGAGACGCAAGAGAAGUCGAAGCCAGAGCCGAUCCCCUCCCAAAAAGAGGACUCCAUCUCCUCCUCGAAGACACAAGAAGGAGAAGAAAAGGGACAAGGAAAGAGACAAAGACCGCAAGGGUGACAAAGACCGCAGUCGUGAGGAACGCGAGCGCUCCACCAGCAAGAAAAAGAAAAGUAAGGACAAAGAGCGGGAACGCGAGCGGGAGCGGGAGAGGAAAUCAGACGGAGAGAAGGGAGACGUCAAGGUCACCAGAGAUUAUGAUGAGGAAGAACAAGGCUAUGACAGCGGGAAGGAGAGGGAGGACAGGAAGGAUUCUGACGACUCUGCUUUGUCUCCUCAGUCUGUAGAAGGUAACGGCACGUCGCGGCCUGUGAAGCAGGCCAAAGUUAACGGAGCCGACGAUCACCACGAAGAGGACAUGGAUGUCAGCGAUUAGGUGGUCCGUCCCUCAUUGUCCCUCCGUUUUGGUUGUAAACAUGUUGCGACUCCCCCUCACCACCACCCCCCCUCCUCCCUACUGGGGUUAUUCUAAAAUGUGAAGUGAGCGUCAAAUGUAUGGAUCUUUCUCACAGAAGUCAUCGACUCGCUUCAAAGAACCCACACGCUCUUUUUGCCUCUACAGACGUAGUCGGUUCAAACUGGAAGUAGGCUUUACUUUCCUUGAGCUUGUGUUGUCACUUUUUCACAUAUUGUAUCUUUUACAUUUUUGUUUGGUGUCGUGGUGUUGUUUAGGCCUCCCCUCCUCGAAACAGUUAAAUACAUUUGUUUCUUGUUAUUUGAAAGUGUUUGUUUUAUCAAGGAUUUCUUUUAUAAUAAAGCCUAUUUGGAAGAAA